GUUAUAGUGAAAUGUGGCAAUCCAUAGUUCCCCAAGUUAUUCAGGGAAACAUUGAAUCCAUAAAAAAGAUUGUAGAAGAUCAUAAAAAUGGACUUCAAGUUAUGGCCAGUCUGAGGAGCAGGUAUGAUUGCAUUAGAUUAAUUACAAUAUGAUUUUAGCUAUUGUCCUUGUUCUGUUCCAUCCAUGCUCAUUUGUUGUUGUUCUUACUUCGACACUUCCUUAACUACCAGUCUCAUUGUACUGCAUUACAGAAUUUUAAAACUUUACAAAUAACCAUAAUUGUACAUUUUUAAAAAUGGUUAGGUGGGGCACGGCCUGACCACCAAGCGAGCAGCACACAGGGUGAGGGAGCUCCUCAGAUUAUCCCGUGAUUUAAGAUUAUAAAGUGUAAAAUAUUGAAGCAGCUGAAUUUGACCCAAGGAGCAGUGAUAACCUCUAGGACUGAGUUAUUUAGCUUUGCUCGGCUUUUUAUGGGGCCUAAAGCUUAUUGCGGCCUGCCAUAUGUACUGGGGCAAGAGACGCGGACGAUCUUCCACCUUAUCCUCAACAAGACUACGGUCUGGGCCACGCCUCACUUCCUCCUACCCCCCCACCAACAAAGCAAACCUGCGAGCUUUGCAUCACUCCUGACCCAAAGCCUGGCUCCGCAAGAUGGCCUACAUCCGACCUACUCACCUCUCCAACCUAUGGCAACAUUGGAUGCUAUCUUCGAGCUUUUCUGUGCAAAACUGGAGGCUGGCUCGAGAAUGGUGGCACCACUGAUUGGUCUGCAAAGGAGGUUUAGAGAUUUCAUGGAGAGGAGCUGGAGAGGCCUCUGCUGGGCAAGGUGGCUUCCCACUGGCUGAUCCACUGCAUAACAGCAUACCGCUGAAGCUGAAGCUGAAGCUGCACCUCCACACUAGGCUGGCAUCUCAGGCUUUCAGGGUGGGCAUAAGCUGAAUGAUGCAAAUGGCCAUGGGGACUUGCAUUACUCACCACUGCUAUCAAGCACUCUCCGACUGCAUAGCCCAUGGUUAAUGCCUCCAAUUUUUGUUGUUAUUAUUUUUUAUCAUUAUUGUUUACAAAUAAAGAAAUGGGUAGGGCUGCGCCAGUAGAGAUAAAUAGUCCCAAAUAAAAGUCUCACUAGGACAACGGUAGAAGGUCAGAGGUACUUGAUAGAAUGUAGAUGUGUAGACUUUUCUACAGGAGUAGCUGCGUUGAAAUGUCUCAAGAUAUUCGAAUAUGUAUGGAGGCAAAAGGAGAGACGAGGGCAACCAAUAGUGCAAUACGUCUAAAUCCAAGAUAAAAUAUAAUGAAAAGUGGUAGAAAACUCACAUUUAAAAGAGCUAUGACCAGUUCUGGUGUGACAGGCGUACAGCGGUAUAAUCCCCGCUUAUGGGAUAUGCAGGAGAAGUGUGUAGGUCAACACAGUCUGGUUAUCCAAAGCUCCAGAAAGGGAUAAAAAGGCAACAAUAGUGCUCUCAAUUAUGAUAAAAUGGAAUAAAAAUAGAAAAAAAUUAUACUCACAAGCCUAGAGCAGAAACACUGCUCAAUAGGUAAAGCGUUGGUGGUAUGAUCCCCACCUUGGAUUUCUUUGAGUACAGGAACAGUAAAAUGCCAGGAAAAGUACAAAAAUAAAAAAAGUGCAUAUAAAAUACAAUAAAAAGAGGAUUGUCACAGCAAAGUGACCAAAAGACUUUUAUAGAUUAAAAUACACAAUAUUAAAUAACCAUUACGUGUUUCAUUAUAUGUGGCUUCUUCAAAUGGAAUAGAAAUAAUAACUAGACAGGUGUUUAUAUAGGGGUACAAUAAAUUUAAAUUGGUGCCAAAAGUACAAUUAGCCAAUCAGGGAUUAGUAUAUAAAAGACAUCGGAAAACAUAAAUGAGAUAAAUACAAACACAUUUAAUUUGUAUUUAUCUCAUGUUGAUGGACGUACUUCUGCUGGAUUCAUACUUAUUACACUAUUGGUUUCCCUCGUCUCUCCUUUUGUCUCCAUACAUAUAUGAAUAUCUUGAGACAUUCCAAUGCACCUAUUCCUGUAGAAGAGUCUACACAUCUACAUUCUAUCAAGUACCUCUGACCUUCUACCGCUGUCCUAGUGAGACUUUUAUUUGGGACUAUUUAUGUCUACUGGUGCAGCCCUACCCCAUUUCCUUAUAUUGCUUUUUCAAUUUUUGAAGGGUUUGAGGGGUUCCCUUCGUUAGGGUUGCUGCCUGCUUACAUAUUGUUUGUUAAUUAGCGCUGACCUAUUGUUGUAUUGUGUGUAAGAUAAAAAAUUAACUAUAGAUUAGCAUGUUACUAUUUUGUUUUUGUUUCUUUGACUAUUUUUUUUUGUAAUUCUUUAUUUUUGUUGUGCAUGGAUGGUACAUGACAGCAUUUAGUACUGUUAAGCGACAGAAAUUGUUAUCAACAUAUUGUGAGAAAACAACACAGUAGAGCUUAGUCUGCACAUUUCAUAAUAAUUAUUCAAGCUAGGAAGACACAGUGCUAGUGCUUAAUUUUAGAGAGUUAACAGGAUAAAUGUGAGGUAAAAGCACUGGUUGAAUAAACUGAAUUAGAUUAAGGGCAUUAUACCCAUGAGUAUUAGCAUGCAAGAGCUCACAGGAGAAUAUGAAUCAAAUUAAGCUAAAACAAGAUGAGCUAAAACAAAAUAUCACUGAGAGUAAAGUCAUACAGAGGAUUGAGAUUAGAAUUCUGUGGUACCCUAUGCCACAUAUGGCCAAGCGUGUAUGGCAGUGUUGGUUAUGUGUUUCAUUGUAUUCUCGGGCAUUACAUGUACAUUGGUGUAUAACAUACUUUUAAACAAUGAGACAUUAUAAAGAGCCUGCUUGACAGACUGUGGAGGCUAAGUGUGAUCACUGGGUGCUGUAUGUCGUUACACCUGUGUUGUGCUUGGAAGAUAAGGCGGCGUGUGUUAGCCGUGUAUGGACAUGUGUUGUAGUGUGUUGUGGUUCGUACUAGAGUAAGGCAAAGAAAAUACUGUAUAACAGUGACUAAAAAAAAUCUGCCGUUGGUAUUGCAGGGUGCAAAAGGAGAGGUACGACCCCCCGACGUUUAGCCCACUUCUGUCAUAGGAUGGGCACUGUCCCGGCUAAUAGAGGCGUUCCAGUCCCGUGCCUCGGCGUUCCACCCGCUGCGUGCCCUUACAUUGCCCAUACCGCCAGUCUCAUUAAUCCCUUUUGGGGCUGUGAUCUGACCUCGAAGCCCUGUAGGGGGCCGCAUGUAGUUGCGGGGGAUGUUGGACUUCCGAGGUGAUGGGUUGUGUCCUGGUGGUUUUUCUGGUUGGAACCAAGGUUUAGGGCGGUUGCUGGACUUUGCUGGGAAGAUUCUGCGACUAUGGGUUUGUUUACAUGGCAUCCGCUUUGUCUUUGGUGGCUUUGUUGUGCCAUAGCGUUGCCCAGGAGUUGCGGGCUGCUCAGAUAUGCGCGGUAAGGUUGGCUUUGGCUGGGUUUCAGCAGGCUUGUGCCGGCAUGUGGCUAGUGUGGCCCAGAAGUUUGCAAGCAGGAUGUCUAGCUUCUCCUGCAGGGUUAGUUGUGUAGGUCGUGCCGAUGAGUUGCACGAGGCGUCCGCCAUCUUGGCCAUGGCAGGUGGGUCGUCCCAGGUGCGUAGUGGCGGGAGCUUUACCAGUGAUACUUCGUUGGAAGUUGCCGGGAUAACCCCCACCAUCUGGGGGGGAGAGGUUACAUGCUAGUCCUCCCAGUUAAGUGCUUGAGAGCAGGCUGAGGGAUUGGCCGCCUCCCUCUCGUGCGCUGCCCAUAGGCCCCUUGUAGGCCUCAAAGUCCCCUCUGGGUUUAUCUGCUGCUCAUAGUCAGAAACUCCACUGGUUUGAGAGCUGGAGAUUUCUCCCGAAACCGUGGUGUCCAGGGAUAUAGGUUUUGAGUCCCAGUUUUGUAAUAAUAGCUUGUUUAGGAGCCUGUUUGCACGGAGCUCACAGUGUGUGCGGCCGUUCAGCUCGGCUGCCAGGCUCCCGUUUCUUUGACUAUUUUAAUGUCAGCCUAAAUAAUAUAUCUCAUUCAACCUUAUUGCCCUCUUAUUAGCUGACAUAACUUGUAUCCGCCUGUUUAUUACUUUAAAAAAGUUCUAUCGCAUACCACAGUAUUAGGGAUGUGCAUGGGCAAAACAUUUGGUUCGGUUCAGAAAUUCGGGAAGUAAAAAAAAAAUUGUCUGCUUUGGCAAUUUGGACCAAUGGCAUUAAGUUCGGUUCAGAACUUCGGCAAUUCGGAACUUCGGCAAUUCGGAACCCUAAUCCUAACCCUAAACCCUAGCCCCUAACCCCUAAACCAUAACCCCUAAACCCUAACACUUAACCACUUUGUUUUGUCACUUUUCAGAAAUCCAAAGCAAUUCAGAACUUUGGCAAUUCGGAACUUCGGUUCGGCACUUCGGAAAUUCGGCAUCCGAAUGUCCGAAUUGCGCAAAAUUCAUCCGACUGUACAUUCGGUACUAAAUGAAUUGCACAUGUCUACACAGUAUUAUACCUCUUGCAAGACUUGUAUUUGCUGUUGUAGCAUAACAAGCUUUUAUGUCAAAUGUUUGCACAACAAAAAUGAAGAAUUUAAAAAAAAAAUAGUCAAUGUGAACAGAGUUGGUGAGAGUUAUGCUCAAAACAAGGGAUUUGCUAUAAAAACACGAGCGACGCAAGCAAUAGAAAGCAAUGGAUCCAGAAGAAAAAAUAUAUUUCAAGGUAUGGUGCCACAUAUAUUAUACCUAUGUGGAAAAAAAACAUUUGCAAGUUGAUACAAUGCAGAGAGAAAAAGGGGAAAGUAAGUUAAAAAGUAUAAAGGGAAAGAAAAUUUAAACCAAACAUUGUAAUACAGGCUAAAUGGCACCCCAAUAAUUUCAACAAAAUUAACAAAAGCCGAUACACACUGUCAGCUAGUCUCUCAGUCCUUAUGGUGAAAGGUGCUCCACAUUGACUUUUACUGAACUGAUCCAUGUGUGUUUGUGUAUAUGUACAUGUACUUGAUUUUAAAUGCUCAUUGGUAAGACUUUUCUCAAAUGGGCUGCUAGUCUGGGUAUUGGUAUACAGUUUCAACAUCAUAUAAGCACUCAACUAACUCAGUAAAUGUUUUUGUUGCACCUCCUGCCCUCUGCCAUGUUUUUCCAAUAAAAUAAACCUCUGAGGUUAUGUAUGUAUGUUUUGUCUGCAUAUAUUCUCAUUUUUAACUGUGGAAAGCAACAUACAUACAUUUUCCAUAUAGUGUAAAGAUUUAUUGUCAUGCGAAAAUGUCUAUGCACCAAUCUACAGUUUCUCCAAACUACUGACCGUUGAGUUGAUCAAUUUUAAAUGUGUUCUGCACUGUAGGAUUACGUAUUGAUUUCUUGGCAACCAUUGCUUUGCUUAUGCAUGGCAUCAUACGUUUAAAAGAAUAUUUUCCGAAUUCCUGCACAGAAGGAAACUUAGAUCUGCAUACUAAAUCACUGAUUUUGGCUACCGGAACUGGAUUUUUUUAGAUUGAAUUUCACCGAUUCCAAGGGAUGCUCAGUUCUGCUGUUACAAAUAAUAAAAACAUCCUAACUAUUUUAUAAGACAGGGGAUUCUCAAUCUGACUUGCAUCAAUGCCUCCAAACAAUGGCCCCUACCUAAAUAUGAGAAGGCUUGGGAUGUCUUUAAUAUAUAUGUUUUUGUAUUUGUUAUUUUUCUUUUACAUUUUUAUACACAUUUAACAUCUAAACAAAACUGUUGGUCUGUGCAUGUAUGGGAACAUUUUAAACACACAUGCAUUCCCUACUAUUACAAUUUUCCAGGUUACUGAUUGAGUAAUUGAUGCAACAAUUAUUUGUGCCUAUAUCAGGAAAGGGAAUAGCUAAAAUCUCCACUUACCAGGGCUGGGCUGGGAAUCUAAAGCAGCCCUGGAAAAAAAUGUAUGCCAGUCCUAUAAGUCAUUAUGCUACGGUAGUGUUUGUGUGUGUGUGUAUGUGUAAAUAUAUAUAUAUAUAUAUAUAUAUAUAUACACUGAACAAAAUUAUAAACGCAACACUUUUGUUUUUGCCCCCAUUUUUCAUGAGCUGAACUCAAAGAUCUAAGACUUUUUCAAUGUACACAAAAGGCCUAUUUAUCUCAAAUAUUGUUCACGAAUCUCUCUAAAUCUGUGUUAAUGAGCACUUCUCCUUUGCCGAGUUAAUCCAUCAACCUCACAGGUGAGGCAUAUCAAGAUGCUGAUAAGACAGCAUGAUUAUUGCAAAGGUUUGUCUUAGGCUGGCCACAAUGAAAGGCCACUCUAAAAUCCGCACUGACACACACAUACAAGCUCACUACAGAGAAGCUCACUGAAACACAUACACACAUGCUCAUUAUAGACAAGCUCACUGACACACACAUGCCCACUACAGACAAGCUCACUGACACAUACAAGCUCACUGACACACACAUUGAAGCUCGCUACAGACAAUCUCACUGACACACAUACAAGUUCAUUAACUAGCAGGCACACACACACCCACAAGAUCACUCUCACUCACUAGCUUCAGUAUAUUUGAAACCUACCUUGCACUGAAGGCUGUAGAAGCCCUAGGAGGUGAAGACUCCAUUUCCUGGCCUCUUCCCACUGGGGUGGAGUGGAGCUAGUGUGUGGAGGUGGAUCUUGAGAACUGGGGUGGAACUUGAGUGCAGGAGAAGCACAGAAAGCUCCCUCCCUACAGUGCUCCCUCCGGCCGCCAUAGCCUCUAUGCAGUAACAGCAGCCCCCAGCACUUUCCUCAAUAAUUCCACUGUGAUUUUUUUUAUUGUAUUAGGAAUUGGUAUUAGACCUACCUGCCUGGCCAUAAGUGCAGCGACCCACCUGGAAAUUUCCCGGUAUCCCGGUGGGCCAGCCGGCCCUGCCACUAACAGAAUAUUAAAUGUAGCAGACAUGUAAACAACAUCUGCCGUUGCUAAGGCCAGUAAGGUUUUGUCAUGUAUAAAUAGGGGCAUAAAUUCUCGAGAUAAAAAUAUAAUUUUGCCUCUUUAUAAAUCGCUGGUAAGACCACACCUUGAAUAUGCUGUGCAAUUUUGGGCAAGAAAGAUAUCAUGGCACUAGAAAAAUGGCAGAGACGAGCUACAAAAUUGAUAAAAGGAAUGGAGCAUUUUAGUUAUGAAGAAAGGUUAAAAAAUUUAAAUCUCUUUAGUUUGGAAAAACGGCGCUUGAGAGGGAUAUGAUAACAUUAUACAAAUAUAUUCGGAGCCAGUACAAACCAUUAUCUGGAAAUCUAUUCGUAAACAGGGCUAUACAUAGGACACGAGGUCACGCAUUUAGGCUGGAAGAAAAGAGAUUUCAUCUAAGGCAAAGAAAAGGUUUUUUACAGUAAGAGCAAUAAGGAUAUGGUAUUCUUUGCCUGAAGAGGUGGUUUUGUCAGAGUCAAUACAGAUGUUUAAACUGCAAUUGGAUAAAUACUUGCAAAAACAUAAGAUACAGGGAUUUAAUUUCUAAUUAGUGGGGUAAUAGCUGCUUGAUCCAAGGAGACAUCUGACUGCUAUUUUGGGGUCAAGAAGGAAUUUUUUCCUAGUUUGUUGCAAAAUUGGAAGCGCUUCUGACUGGUUUUUUUGCCUUCUUUUGGAUCAACAGCAACAACAUAUGUGAGGAAGGCUGAACUUGAUGGACGAAAGUCUCUUUUCAGCUAUGUAACUAUAUGUAGCUAUGUAACAUAUAUACUAUUGUUUUAUUUCAUAGCAGGAAUAAAAUGUUUUUGUUUUUUUGUUCAAUGCUUUUAAUAAAGCACUAUGAACAAGUAAUGUUAGAGAUAAAAAUAUCUUGACUGAUAUGACACAUAUCUAUGCUUCCCAGCCAUUUUUUUUGUUGUUGUCAUAAUCUAAAAAUAGAAUUUUAUCCAGAGUAUUCAGGAAGUGGAGAGCUAAGCAGACUCCAACAUAGUUGCACAUUUUUUUCCUCCUAAUUGGCUUGCUGGAGGAUUCUCAAAAUCCAUUAAUGAUGUUAUUAUGAGUGUCUAGCUCUUAAUCUGCAAAGUGAUACAAUGCAGAACACAGAGCUGGUGGACACAAAUAUUGAUAGAUAUUAUUGAAUGCAUGCCAUCAAUCUUUUCAUUUAGGAAAUAGAUGUCAUUCACGUAAUACGUAUGAAAUACUUUGAUUUAGCAAGUAAGCCUAUUUAAGAUAUCCGUAGAGAAUUGCUAAAUACGUCAAUAAAAAAAGGUUUUCCAAUUAUAAAACCAAAAACGAAAAAGUAGGUAUGCACUCUAAACAAUAUCUUAAAUUAUUAGUUAAAUGGACACGUAGAGCAUGCCUGGGUCUGUAAAUGUGGGAUCAUGUCCAGGUGCCUGAAAAGCAAAUUAAACAAAAGAUCGAUUGUAAAUAAAAGGAGAUUAAAUAUAUUGUACUAAGUGUUCCUGAGUGAUGCCACUUGUUUUAUUUAGGUUCUUUAUCCAGACUUUUGGAUAAUGCUCUUGUUAAAGUGGCACUGUCACUGUCUGGGGAUUUUGACAAUUUCACAAAGACCCCUGACGGUGACAUCACCGCUGUGGAGUUCAGUCACUGGUGGGGCAGGUAAAGAUGAGAUUUUCUUAAUUGAACCUGUCCCUUGCGGGCUCCACCAUCUUCUUCCAUCAGACCCUCUUCAGCAUGCGCAAGAGUACAGCAUCGAGGAUUAUAGAGGAUCCAACGAGACUGUGAAUUCUUCCAUAAACAGAGCCAAUUCCCUGCAGCUGUCACUGCUGACGGUUGUCGGGAUUGACACUGUAGUUUGUCCAAAGUCUAAGAUAGUCAGCUGGAGGAAAUAUACAGAGACGAACUAGUCCUUACUUUGUCUCUGUAUUUCUCUUGAUUGGGUUGGACUGAAAUUCCAACACAGUGAAAAGGAGUAUUUCAUAAAGAUUUUAUCUUUAUGAAAUACUAUUUUUUUAUUGGGAUGGCGUGACAGUGCUGCUUAGAGCUCAGGAUGGAGAUUUCUUAGAACAAUGAUGUGUAGGCUGGGCACACCAUAUAGUUCAGUUCUACUUUUCAUUGAUUUUCAGCUAUUUAAAUACAUGUACUGUGUGUGUAUGGAGGUUAUCUAUGCUACAAAAGUCUAAACAGAAAAUAUGUCACUUCAAAAACAUAAGUUGUUGUGUUGUGAGAAGGUUCUGUGAUCUGUUUGUUGUAUAUUCCAGGUGUAUUGAUGGAAGCACACUGUUGCAUGUGGCUGCAUAUUAUGGAGAAGCAGAACUCGUUGAGGUGAGUGAUGGACAGUUAAGUUAUUAGCUAAUAAUUUCACGAAGCUAUCACUAAAUACAAUGAAACUUUAAAAAGAUUUUUAAACCGCAUUUAACUGUUCCAUAAACACCCUUCAAUCUCUAUAGGGUUCAUAGAUAUUUCCCUAUUAAAGGGUCCUAACUGACUGAAUAUAUUUAAUCUAGAAAAAAGAUAAAUAACUUUCUUUUGCACAGGGUUGAUGUAAAAUACACUAUAGGGCUUAUUCAUUAAACAGUGAGCUGUGGGGAGUUGACAACUAAUUUGUAAAUUUUGUGUAAAAAUGUUCUGUUUGGGGGGAGGCGGGGCUUGACCGCCAUACUGGACGGAUGCGUCUUGCAUGAUCUACGUGCCAAAACUUAUUAAAAUCACCUAAAUUGAUGCAUUGGAAGCACACCACUUAUAAAUUGUAGAGACUGGGACCUUGGAGGACGUGCCCAGUAUGCACAGCGUGCUUCUCACUGCUCGCAGUGAAGCAAAAGUGAAAACUAAAGUGGAGGCCUAACUGAGGGCUGGGGUGUCGAGGAGGAGGCCGAUCUUCCUGCCCUGUGUCCAUUGGGAGAGGGCUAUACCUGACUAGUCUUGUUCCCCACCCCCGCCAGAGAGGGUUAUCCUGGCAUCUACAAUCACUGGCAGUCGGUUCAGUGGAUCCUCAUGGACCCUCCUGCUACCUGAUGGCAGGGGAAGGCGGUAAGGCAGUGUCCACAUGGGGGGCAGCACAUGCUGAGCGUCGAUGGGAUGUUCUGGCAGCCUUCGACUCAUUAUGCACCAACUUCUGGCUGAUGUUGGAAAGCUGACAGGAGUCUGUGAAACAAGCGCCAGUGGUGUAUCCUGGUUUUGUGCUUCACUCGGCAUCCCCUCAGCCUCCUUUGGGAAUGCUGGGGUGGAUUCUCGUUUCUCUGGAGUCCAGUGAGGCUGCUGGGCUGCUGGGGUGCUGGGCGGCCGGCCGGUGACUGCAGGCGGCGAGGGAGCACUGAUUCUCCUGUUCAGCUCCCUUGCGCGCCGCUGAGUGAUGCCGGAGCCGGAAUAUGCCGCACACAUGGAUUUUUAGUUAGCCCCCUGCCCGCCUGGAUUGUCAGUUAGCCGCCAGGCUUUUUUUGCCGCCCCCUGGAAAGUGCCGCCCAAGGCAAAUGCCUUGUUUUCCUCAUGGCUAAUACGUCCCUGACAAGCGCCCCUACCCCAAUAUACAUCGCAGAAACAUCACCCAGACAGAGGGCCCAGGCCUACUAAAGCAACACAAUUACCAACACUCAGGAAAUUUGCACCGCUGAUCUUCACUAGGAGUGUUUUCAAAGAGUCAACUCUCUUCCACCACCUCCACUCUACAGAAGCCCACACAUGGGAACUGGGGCUUGGAAGGUACUGUGCCCAUGCUCACCUAUUAUCCUGAUGGCUGGGUAGUAGUGGGUUCCUGAUCUUUGCUACCCUGGUUGGAACUUGGGACUCAGGAUGUCUAUUUGGGGACCAAAUGAGACUUGCCUCAUGCUUGUGACUUGGCUGAUCCUGUAUGGGCCUGUGGCAGUUACCUUCAUUGUUCAGACGCUCUUAUAUUCUCUGGACUGACCUACUGCCAAAAGUUUUAUUAUAAUUAUUUUAUUUUAUUUACAUCUAAAAUGGCAUAUAUUUAUUAAGUCAGCAGAAGCAGAUAUUUAGAUAUAAUACUCAAAGAAAGUGUGCAACCCCUAGUAUCCAAAAAUAGAUUUUUUUUUUCAAGAAUUAGCUAUUUAUGCCAAUGUAACUUAUUACAUGUAGUUACAAUUUUUGAUGCACAGAAUAGGAAAUACAUAUUCACAAAAAAGCAAAAUUCCUUGUUGGAUCCCUUGUGCUUAAAAAAAAUAAAAAUAUAUAUAAAUUCAUGUGUGACAGCUCUGGUGUCAGUAUACUGUGGCCUCACCGUUGAGCCUCACAUCCGGUCUGUUGUCAAACCAUGCCAAUUCCACCUCAAAAACAUCGCCCGCAUCCGCCCCUUUCUUACACAAGAUGCUACUAAAGAGCUCGUCCAUGCUCUAGUAAUCUCUCGCAUGGACUAUUGUAACUCUCUCCUAAUUGGUCUUCCUAAUAGCCGUAUUGCCCCGCUACAGUCUGUAAUGAAUGCUGCCGCCAGACUGAUUUUCCUCUCUAGUCAGUCCUCUCACACCUCACCCUCCGCUCUGCCCGUGACCACCUUCUGUCCGCCGCUCAUACCCAUAUGGCCAACUCGCGCUUGCGGGACUUUUCGCGGGUGGCUCCCGUCCUAUGGAAUAGCCUGCCUACCGCCAUCAAACUCUCCCCUAGUCUUUAAUCAUUUAAGAAGUGCCUUAAAAUUCAUUUCUUUAGGAAAGCCUAUGGCCUCCCAGACUAACCUCUACCUCUCAUACUUGCAUCUUGCUCUCUCCUAAGGGGCAGCACUCUACUAUCUCCUCCAGCUCUGCUCCACUCCCACCUAAUUUGACUUCCUUUCCCUGUCCUAAUGUGUUUUAUACCCCACCUCCUAUAGACUGUAAGCUCGUUUGAGCAGGGCCCUCUUCAACCCUUCGUUUCUGUAAAUUUUCUUGUAAUUGUCCUAUUUAUAGUCAAAUCCCCCCCUAAUAAUAUUGUAAAGUGCUACGGAAUCGGUUGGUGCUAUAUAAAUCGCAAUAAUAAUAAUAAUAAUAGUAAUAAAUGACAGAGAAAGUUCAAUAACAAUAAUAAUUUGCACAAUGCAGUGCACCAUUAAAUAGAUCAUAGAUCAUCUUCCAAGAACCCUCAUGUUAGUAAAAUGAUCCUUCUCUGAUAACUGGUAUAAGGUCCAAAGGCUUUCUGCCUAAUGGAAAACCUGAGGUUGCACUUAAUUGAAAUACUAAUUCUGCAUUUCUGUCCACUGUACCGUUAAAUAUGAUAAGUAUUAAAAUGUUCUAUUUCACCGGGGUUUCAAGAGACACCCACCACUUAUAGUUGCUAGGGUGCCUGCCGGUCCUGGCUGCCAUCUUACCACAGGGAAUUAAACCAUUUUCAUAGUUGAAGGUUGGUGCCCGUCAGCCUGUCCUUCCCCAUGCCCCCAGCUUCAUUGAGAUAUGUACCUUUCAAAGACAGUUCACUGAUUGGAAAGCUCGUAAUAGGUGCAAUUUAACACACUCAGCCGAUUAUUGGUGCCAAUAAUAAGCUGAUUGUGGCGAACAUAACCUCACCACGGGCUCCUGGAGGAGCCUGCUUGCCAGCCUACUACCUCAGGAAUAUGGGCCCUGCAAAAUACACUUUAAAAGGCUCUGUUUGUGUGAUUUUUGAUUAUAUUGUUCAGGAACCGAACAACCACAUGAACCAGAGAUCACCCAUGUGCUUGUUAAGCCCAAUUUACACCUUUAAACAAGUUCCACCGCAGUGUUCUAAUUGUUCGUCUGGGUGGCCGCAAUUCUUAUGAAUGACCAUGAGGUGGCGGCCAUCUUGCUCGCAUGAACGCAGGCAGCGGUGUUUAGUCGACGAGUUCAUGGAACUAAAAUCGGACACUCAAACUCCUAAACACUACAGGACUUUCAUAAUCGCCGGCGUUCAAUUCUAUACAACUUGGAGGGGCACUGUUCGGUGGAAUCAUUCCCAUGAAUGAGGUGAACAAGUUACACACUGUAAUUAUGUUAUGCUCAGUAUUUUAUGCACUUUUAUACUCCCAAAGAGACCAACCAUUAGCACUGAUUUCAUGAAACGGUUUUGGGCAUAGGACCAUGUGUGCGGUCGGUCAAAUAAUUGACUUCCAUGGAAAAACCGAACCACUGAACCGAUCUGGGUGAUUUUUGGAUAUGUUGGUCACCCAGAUCAGGUCUAUCCGAGAAUGUAACUUUUGUGGGGUUUCUAUGAAUUUUGGGGAUACUUUAGGGAUGUUUGUAAAUUGUAUGUUUUUUUGUACCUGAGAGAUAAUUUAAUUAUAUGUUUGCUUCUCAGAUAAUUAUCUCUCAGGCACGAAGGAUCAUGGAUGGGAUUUCCCUGUAUUCUUGUAUUGGAAACCCCUUGCAUGGGCUAUUGCAUAAAAGGCUGUGUGUGGCCCUGAAUAAAACAGAUGACUCCCAGCAUUAAGCAUUGGCUCAUGUGUGGAGGGAACAGCUGUACUGCUAUAUCACUUGCUUUUUUACUGGCUAUACAGCGAUACUCUUUUGGAGGAGAGGUCUUCCCACUGGAAGCUGGAUCCAGGUGUUUGGUCCAGGGUGGGAAGGAACGGCGAGAACCCAGCCAAGCUGUGGCAGCUAAGAGGGCUAGAGUGGUUACGGUGUCCGCUGUGGUGCUUAUGGUGCUCGGCGAAUACUAGGAAGCGCAAUUGGCGGAGAUACCCAGGCGGGGUGCCAGGUGGUCCCCCAUACUGAUCUUCACAAUUUUAGUGUGAAACUGUUUUACCCCUCAAGGUAAGACAACACCUAGGACCAGCAGGCACCAUAACCAACUCACCUUGCGAUGAAGUUAUUAUGUUGCCAGUGUUACUUUAAGUUGAUAUUUUUUCCCCAAUACUCAGUUUUUCAGUGAAUAGCAUGAUGGUGGUGUUUUACAAGCCACCUUUGAAUUGGCCUCUGGAUAUCUCAAAAAGUUUAUUAUUUGCCUUUUAAUGUUACUAGUAGAGAUUUUAAUUUAUUUUUUCUUCUUUGUUUUUCAGACACUUUUGCAUUUACAACUUGAUGUAGAUAUAUUAGAUUACAGAGGGGCAACCGCUUUGCAACGCAGCAGAGAUGUGAAAAUAAUGCAGGUAUUAUUGCAUAUUCCUUUCCUGUUUUAUCGGCAGUCUUAUAAACUAUAUCCAAAAAGGUUAAACAUUUCCACCAAUGAAACCAACAGAAAAGCAUUGCAUGUGCUCAAGUAAUAUUGCUCAGGCUUGCUUGUGCAGUACUUCUUCAUAUCGAUGGAUGUAAAAGUUAAAAGAAAAAAAAAACACCUUUUCUCUUCUUCUUCUUCUUCUCAGAGAAGGCUUAAAUCAGGGGUAGUCAAACUCCCCCCAGAUGUUGCUGAACUUCUCUGGCUAUCUACAUAAUUCAAAGAACCAUGGAGGUUGUAGUUCAGCAACAUCUAGAGGGCCACAGUUUGAGGACCCCUGGCUUAAAUGAACACAACAGUGAUAGAAAUACAAAACUUUAGUAUCCCUCUGCCUCCACGGCCUACCGGUCAUAAAAGGGUUAAAACCCUUUCUUUUACUUACCCGAUUGAAGUGCCGCAGACCAUCAGCACUGGAUUGGUCCCUCCUCCCGUAACGUCUCGGCGAUGGAGGUUCCUAAUGUCACAUGCGUUUUCGUUUUUUCUAUGGGGAUUUUCAAGACACUUUGCAUCCUCAUGUAAAGUAUAAGGGUGUCCAGCAUUGUUUCAAACAUAUGAACUCUGUGAAACACCUGGAAAUGUCUCUGGUGGCUGUUAACCUACAAUGUAAUUAUUGCAGUUUCUCAGAAACUAAAAUGUUUACCUUGCAAGGUUAAGGAACAGGGACAAUGCACCCAGACUACUUUAAGUAGUUUGGGUGUCUGUAGUGUCCCUUUAAAAUCUCACAGGCCCCCGGGCAGAUUACUUGUUUGGGAGCCUCUUUUCAUCCCUCACAAUGGAGCCAAUAAAAUGUAUAAUUCUGUGCCCCCGUAUAAAGCCUGGGCUCUAGGGGGCACCUAAGGUCACCUUGUGUGUAACUGUGCUAUGCUUUUUUUGACACAAGUACCUGAAAAGUCUGUUUAAUAAAUUUAGGAAGUAAAUGAAAUUAGUAAAACAACCUGAAUCUUUGAUGUGAUAAACCAUUAAAAAAAUGAUGUGGGUUGCACAUUUCAGUCCAACAUGUUGUAAAUUUCUUAACAAUCCAUAUUGGAGAUAUAUAUAUCCUAGUUACUGGAAACACUUACAAAUGAUUCAGUGCUAAAAGCUGUCACGCCUCUCCUGAAGCCCAUGAGUUUAUAAUCUAGUGGAUGCACCAAUUGCUAUAUUUAAAGAAUGCAGAUGAGAAAAUAAAGUUGAUAGCUGGUAAGUUUGUUGGACAUCAUAGAAAACACGAUAUGGGUUGUUGGCAGUGGUGUACACACAACCCUUGGGGCGCCGGUGCGAAACUGAUCCGUGGGCCCCGGUUACUCUGCGCGGGCUGGGGCCGCAACACAUGACCGCGGUAUGUACUCCAGUGCAUGCAGAUACACAUACACUUAAAGGACCACUAAAGACACCCAGAUCACAUCAGCUCAAUGAAGUGCUCUGGGUGCCAGGUCCCUCUAGUUUUAACCGUGCAGCUGAAAACAUAGCAGUUUCAAAGAAACUGCUAUGUUACACUGAGGGUUAAUCCAGCCUCUAGUGGCUGUCUCACUGACAGCCGCUAGAGGAGCUUCCGCAAUUCUCACUGUGAAAAUCACAGUGAGAAGACACUGAACGUCCAUAGGAAAGCAUUGAGUAAUGCUUACAUAUGUGCGGUUUGAAUGCGCGUGCGGCUCUUGCCGCACAUGCGCAUUCGGAGCCGAGAGGCGGAUCGUGGCGGAGGGAUACCCAGCGCCAAGGGAGUCCUGCGCUGGAGAAAGGUAAGUGCUUAAGACACACACACACUCUCACGAACAGACGCAUACACACUAGCUAACAGACCCAUACAUUUACUGACAGACACACUCAGUGACAGUCAGACAUACAUACACACUCACUAACAGACGCACACAAACAAACACACUCAGUAACAGACACACACACUAACACACUAACACACACACUCUAACACACACACACUCUAACACACACACACACUAUCACACACACACUCUAACACACACACACUACACACACACACACUAACACACACACACACUAAAACACACACACACACACACACACACACACUAACACACACACAUACUAACACACACACACUCACACUAACACACACACACACACUAACAUACUCACACACUAACACACACUAACACACUCACACACUAACACACACACACACACACACACACACACACACACACACACAAACACACACACACACACACACACACACACACACACACACACACACACACACACACACACACACACACACACACACACACUAACAGACACACACACUAACAUACACACACUAAGACACACACGCACUAACACACACACACACUAACACACACACACACUCUAACACACACACACUCACACUCUAACACACACUAACACACACUAACAUACACACACACUAGCACACACACACAUUAACACACACACACACUCUAACACUAACACACACACACUCUACACACACACACACUCACACACACUAACACACACACUAAGACACACUCAAACUCACACACACACGUUUAAAAAAAAAAAAUUUAAUCGCCCCCAGCCUCCUUACCUGUGGGAGAGCUGAGGGGAUUCCCUGGGGUCCAGUGGUGUCACCCGGCGGGCAGGCUAGCGGGCGUGCGAGGGAGCACUCUCCCUGGCUGAGUGCUCCCUGUUCAGCUCCCUCGCGCACCGCACUGAUGCUGGGAGCCGGAAUAUGAUGUCAUCUUAUGGCUCCGGUAUCAGUGCGGUGCGCGAGGGAGCUGAAGAGGAAGCACUCAGGGGAGAGUGCUCCCUCGCACGCCCGCCAGCCUGCCCGCCGGGUGACACCAGGGCCAGCCUGGGGGGCCGGCCCCCCAGGAGCAGAGGCUGGCCACACUGGGUACAUAUCGCAGCCGCGACCCCUGUGACCCCGGUAUGUACGCCACUGGUUGUUGGAAAAUUAAGACAUUAUAAAAGUGGUUAAGUAGUAUUUAAAGAUAACAAAAACUGAUUUCUAACUGUGGUUUUUAAUCUUUUUUGAGAGAGAACCAGAUUACAUACAUGAUAUUAGCAACUGACAACAUUCUUUAAAUUUAAAAAAUGCUCAGCAGCACUUUUUUCAACUUUAAUAAAUUACAGAGAAUUGUGCAAAAUUCUACUGAUAUAGAACAUUUUGAGUAUUGACCGGGAGUUUAGAACCAUUAGUCUGUUACUAUGCAAACUCUUGUUGAUCAUAUCCAUCCAUUGUUGCUGCAUCAUAUGCAUUGUUUUGUGUUGCAAUCAAAUGAAAACAAUUAGUGUUACAUCAUCAGUAUGAUCCCUUAACCCCUUAAGGACUGAGCCAAAUGUACACGUUGUGAUCAAAACAAAACGUAAACAAAAACUUGAAUUUGCGCUAUAUGUCUGUUCAGGCGUAAUUCGCCUCUUUCAUAUUAUGUGCACCCACACUUAUUAUAUAUCAUUUUAUUCAGGGGAAACAGGGCUUUCAUUUAACAUCAAAUAUUUAGGUAUGAAACAUAAUUUAAUAUAAAUAAAAUAUAAAAAAUGGGAGAAAAAAAGACUUUAAAAACAUUUUUUAGUUCUACGUGACAUUCUAACUGUGAAUGUCAUAAUACUGAUUGCUUUUCAGCAAUAAAAUACACAUAUUUGUAUUCAGCGAUGUCUCACGUGUAAAACAGUACCCCCUAUGCACAGGUUUUAUGGUGUUUUGGGAAGUUACAGGGUCAAAUAUAGCAUGUUACAUUUUUCAGUUUUUUCACAUUAAAUUUGCCUGGUUUGUUACGAUGCCUUUGAGACCAUAUGGUAGCCCAGGAAUGUGAAUUACCCCCAUGAUGGCAUACCAUUUGCGAAAGUAGACAACCCAAGGUAUUGCAAAUGGGGUAUGUCCAUUCUUUUUUAGUAGCCACUUAGUCACAAACACUGACCAAAUUUAGCGUUCAUAAUAGUUUUUGGCAUUUUUAACACACAAACAAAUAUAAAUACUAACUUUGGACAGUGUUUGUGACUAAGUGGCUACUAAAAAACACUGGACAUACCCCAUAUUGAAUACCGUGGGUUGUCUACUUUAAAAAAAUAUGUACAUGUGAGGUGUGAUUCAGAGAUUUAUGACAGAUAACAGUGUUACAAUGUCGAUGUUGAUACAUUUAAAAUAUAUAUAUAUACACUGCUCAAAAAAAUAAAGGGAACACAAAAAUAACACAUCCUAGAUCUAAAUUAAUUAAAUAUUCUUCUGAAAUACUUUGUUCUUUAUAUAGUUGAAUGUGCUGACAACAAAAUCACACAAAAAUAAAAAAAAUGGAAAUCAAAAUUUUUAACCCAUGGAGGUCUGGAUUUGGAGUCACACUCAAAAUUAAAAUCGAAAAACACACUGCAGGCUGAUUCAACUUUGUAAUGUCCUUAAAACAAGUCAAAAUGAGGCUCAGUAGUGUGUGUGGCCUCCACAUGCCUGUAUGACCUGGAGUAAAGCAUCUGCCAACUCCUGGACAGCCUGUGGUGCAACGUGACGUUGGUGGAUAGAGCGAGACAUGAUGUCCCAGAUGUGCUCAAUUGGAUUCAGGUCUGGGGAAUGGGCGGGCCAGUCCAUAGCAUCAAUGCCUUUGUCUUGCAGGAACUGCUGACACACUGCAGCCACAUGAGGUCUAGUAUUGUCUUGCAUUAGGAGGAAUCCAGGGCCAACAGCACCAGCAUAUGGUCUCAAAAGGGUCUGAGGAUCUCAUCUCGGUACCCUAAUGGCAGUCAGGCUACCUCUGGCGAGCACAUGGAGGGCUGUGCAGCCCCCCAAAGAAAUGCCACCCCACACCAUUACUGACCCACUGCCAAACCGGUCGUGCUGGAGGAUGUUGACGGCAGCAGAACGUUCUCCACGGCGUCUCCAGACUCUAUCACGUCUGUCACAUGUACUCAGUGUGAACCUGCUUUCAUCUGUGAAGAGCACAGGGAGCCAGUGGCAAAUUUGUCAAUCUUGGUGUUCUCUGGCAAAUACCAAACGUCCUGCACGGUGUUGGGCUGUAAGCACAACCCAACCUGUGGACGUCGGGCCUUCAUGGAGUCUGUUUCUGACCAUUUGAGCAGACGCAUGCACAUUUGUGGCCUGCUGGAGAUCAUUUUGCAGGGCUCUGGCAGUGCUCCUCCUGUUCCUCCUUGCACAAAGGCGGAGGUAGCGGUCCUGCUGCUGGGUUGUUGCCCUGCUACAGCCUCCUCCACAUCUCCUGAUGUACUGGCCUGUCUCCUGGUAGUGCCUUCAUGCUCUGGACACUACGCUGACAGACACAGCAAACCUUCUUGCCACAGCUCGCAUUGAUGUGCCAUCCUGGAUGAGCUGCACUACCUGAGCCACUUGUGUGGGUUGUAGACUCCGUCUCAUGCUACUACUAGAGUGAAAGCACCGCCAGCAUUCAAAAGUGACCAAAACAUCAACAAGGAAGCAUAGGAACUGAGAAGUGGUCUGUGGUCACCACCUGCAGAAUCACUCCUUUAUUGGGGGUGUCUUGCUAAUUGCCUAUAAUUUCCACCUGUUGUCUAUCCCAUUUGCACAACAGCAUGUGAAAUUGAUUGUCACUCAGUGUUGCUUCCUAAGUGGACAGUUUUAUUUCACAAAAGUGUGAUUGACUUGGAGUUACAUUGUGUUGUUUAAGUGUUCCCUUUAUUUAUUUGAGCAGUGUAUUUUGAAACAGCAAUGUCCUACUUGUACUUAUAGCCCUAUAACUUGCAAAAAAAAGCUAAGAACAGGUUAAGAUUGGGUAUUUCUAAACUCAGGACAAAAUUUAGAAACUAUUUAGCUAAACACAAACACAGCAGAAAUGUAAAAACAGCCCUGGUCCUAGUCCUUAACGGUAAGAAAAUUGAAAAACGGUCUGGUCACUAAGGGGUUAAGUGUUGAACUCUAUCAGAUUGAUCAGUAUGGCUUCAGACUUGAGGAAGAGAGGAAUACUCUGGUAUUUUGGCAAUAUAUAUAUAUAUAUAUAUAUAUAUAUAUACACACACAAAUACACACCAGUCCCACAGAAAGCUCACUUUCACAGUGCUUUCACUACUGCAAUGGAUUCUGGGUGGGCAUAUUCAAAUGAGCUUAAAAAAGAACCACAUUUUUGCCUCAUUAUUCCACUUUUAUAUUUGGAUUCCUUGGAGUAUGUGCCUGCUGUAUACAACAGCUUUGAAAUAAACUCAGGGAGAGGUGCAAAGCCAGUAAACCACUCAUGGACAGCCAUUUCAUUGUUAAUGCAACUCAUCAGCAUGAAGUUGGUUACUGGCUUGCUAUGGAGGCUUGGUUACUAUGGUUACUUGUAAAGUACAUACCAAAAGCAUUGUGGUGGGGAAAAAAGUGUGGAUGAAAACCCCUUCCACCUGAAGCAAGUGGAUAGUUAAUACAUUGCUAAACACAAAUACACACACCAGUCAAGCCAUAAGACUUGCUUUUCAAUAACAAUCCCCACUAUCAUGUAUAAUACAUUUGUUAUGUGGCUAUGAGUGUUUCUUUCUGUGACAAUCAUCAGGAAAAAAUCCAUUGUGUUGGUUUUAUGAACUUUGUUAAAAAAGGUUUUUUAGAAAUAACCCCAAUAUUGUAGACUCAAAUACAUACAACCUUUGUUUUCAUAUGUGUUAGUUCACAUUGAUAGAAUUUAAAAUUUAAUCAGCCAAAUCUGUACAUGUAAAUAAAAAUGGCAAAGUUUUAAAUCCCUUUACAGUAACAACAUUAUUGUUUGGGAAUAAUUUCAAGUAACUGGAAAACAAGGCAACAUAUAAAUUGCACACGUGACAGGUACUCAAAGAUAUUUGGAAUUUUAUGUUUAUAUUUUGAGUAUAUAUUGUUAAGAUGUCACUAAUGUUAUAUAAUUCAGUUAUCCCACAACCAACUACUGUAUGUAUGAAAACCAUCAAGAUUUAAUUAAAAUUAUUAAUAACACUAUUUUAAAAUCAUCCAGGAGGAACAGGUUUUCUAUUACAGCAUUUUGGGUGCUAUUUUUGUUACGCUUUUAGAAAUUCAACACUUGUUCAUCAUUCUAAUGCACAGUUGGACAUCAUACUGAGCAAUGAACUUUAAAUUUAAGCAUUAAGUUUCGUAAGAUUAAUUGUGAUUUUAAUAAAGUUAUUUUUACUUUUUUUUUUAAAGUCACAGUUUUGUUUGUCUUAUGCUUGGAUGGAAAAAAAAUGCUGCAGCAUAAUGUGUUGUUCGACUAUGAUUUAGGUAUUUGUACUUUUCAUUAGCAAGGAACUUUUUUAUAUGACUCUGUUAUUAUAUAACGAAAAUUGUGUGAAUUGUUGCCAUGACAAUCAACAUACUGCUUUUCCGUAAAAUACAGAUAGAUUAAUUCUUUAUAUUGAAAGCCUUGUAACCAGUUAUUAAUGCUUCAUGCUGUGUAUAGAUAUUCCCUUUAGAACAACAAGAGUGUGGGCUGCUGGGGUUGGAGACUGUGUGUAAGGUUCUGUGCUGUUUCAUGUCUUAAGAUUCUAGCAGCAAAUCUUAUGUUAUAUUAUCAGUAUUGCCAUCCGGCAUCUUUUGUUUAAUGUCCCCUAACCUUAAUUGAAUUAGAGUUGAAAUUCUUCAACUAUCAAACAAAUCGUUCCUGUACUCCUGGUUAGAGCAUCAGCAAACAAAAUAACAUUUUCUAAGGUUAUGUUGAGUUGUAUCCCACGCUCCUAAAAUGUGAAGAGAAUAAUGUAACAGGAAUAUAUAGAUAAAACAUAAAAGGGUACUUAGGUUUAUGGCAAAUAUAUAUUGCAGAAUCUGUUUUUUUUUAUCCUGAAUAUUUGAAUGUAUUCACAGAGUAAUGCCCCAAACUUAUGACUUUCCUCAAGGGAAAUAUUGUAUAUGCACCCUUUACUGCUGCAAUGGUAAUGGUGACAUAUACUGGUUAGAGAAUAUAAUAAAUCAUUCUAAAUUGGAAGGACCAUGUCCCAGAAGCAGGAGAGCAAAAUUUGCAGCAAGCAAGCCAUUAACCUUAUUAAUGUGUAGGUAGUUAGGUUGUGGUUGCUGUCCUGGGUCGUUGAGGUCAACUAUCACAAAUCAAAGGGGUUUUAGGAAAGGAGUACAUGUAGAAAUUCGUGAAUACAAAUAGGAAUAUAACCACUGCGCUACCUGGAUCAACAACCUGUUCACAAUCAUAUUAAUUAAAUCCUUAAAAAUUCAGUUUUUAAAAAUAAAAUACCCAAGACUUUAAAGGGACACUAUGAUCACCUGAACAACUUCAGCCUAAUGAGGUUGUUCAGGUGAGAACUAUAGCUCCCUGCAGCCUUUCUCAUGUAAACACUAUAUUUUCUGAGAAAAUACAGUGUUUUCAUUGAAAGCUAGGAACAUCUCCAUUUGCAGUCACUCAGAAUGAACCAGAAUGACUCCAUCCACUCAGAUCUGCUGUGCACGAGCAUCCUGUGAUUCAGUAUCUCCUCCCACUGCAUGCAGACACUGAACUUUCCUCAUAGAGAUCCAUUAAUUCAAUUCAUCUCUAUGAGGAGAUGCUGAUUGGCCAGGGCUGUGUUUGAAUCAUGCUGGCUCUGUCCCUGAUCUGCCUCCUUUGUCAGUCUCAGCCAAUCCUAUGGGGAAGCAUUGUGAUUGGAUCAGGCUAUCACAUGUCAGCAGACUGCUUGUUUUUUCUGAGUCUAACAGCAUGCAGAUUUACAGCUUCUGGCUUGAAUAUUAUAAGAUUUUUACUAUAUUAUGGACACAUGAGGGGCCCAAGGGGGCUAGAUGGUCGUGUUAACACUAUAGGGUCAGGAAUACAUGUAGUUGCACUGGUGACUAUAGUGUCCCUUUAAAAAAAAGUCUCCACAGAAUCUGAUAAGACAACCUCAAAUCUGUAUUGCUCUUACUAUAAAGUAUCCUUUCCUCUGCUGUAAUCGAAAAUGUGUUUCUUCUAGUCUCAAUAGGUGACCUCUUGCCUGUUGUAUAUUCUUACUAAUGAACAUGUUAGCACAUGGUAAUUUGUACUGACCCUGAAUAUAGUUGUAAAAUGCUAUCAUAUCCCCUCUGCAAUGCCUUUUUUUUCUAAAGAAAUAAAGCAAACAAAUACAAUUUUUCGAGCUUUCUUCAUAAAUAAUGUUUUCCAUCCCCAUUAUUAAUUUUGUAGCUUGCCUCUGAACUUUUUCUAGUUUUGCAAUAUCCUUCUUUAGAACUGGUGCCCAAAACUCAAAGUGGGGUCUUACCAUUGAUUUAUAAAGAGGCAAAAUUAGAUUUACUUUUUCUUUAACCAAAAAACUACCCUUUGGUCUGGCAUAAGUGAGUUAUCAUGACAGUAGAUGGGAUAUUGCAUCAUUAUACCUGGCAUACUGAAUCCCUAGAGAAUGUCAGGACACAUAAACAAUCCAAAAUAAAGUCUCUUCUCCUUAGCAAACAAUGUUGAUCCAUUCAUGUGCCACCAUAGGCCACUGCCUGAGGGUUUACUGUGCAUGAAACGUUCUUCUUAGUUACUGCUUUAAUGAGCUAAUUAGUUGCAAAUGAGCAGAAUAUGACAUAUGUUGCCAAAGAAAUGUACUUAUAUAAUGUAUUAAACACCUGCAUCAUAUACUGACAAAGUGCAUAUUGUUCAUUGUUAAAAUCAGCUUUUAUGUACUGUAUCACAAGAAUGGACCAGUGAAUUGUGCACUCUUCCAUGGACAUGUUAAUAUAUACGUUUCUCCUCUAACCCAAUCUCAUUGAGGUUCAAAGCAGAAACCUUAUGUAACAAAAUGGUAUUUAUAAAUGUGCUAGUAACUGCAUUGUAUAGCGAUAACCAUAUUUUAUAUAAAGGGCUACCACAGAAUGUUUACAAAGCAACUGCAUUUUACCUAAUGAGUCAAGGUUCUCCGUUUUGUUCUCUCUCUCUAGAGCUGUCCCACCAUUAACUUAUCAGAGCCAUAGGGUAUGUGUUGAUUGUAGUAUUUUCUACAGUGAAAUAUUUAUCGAGUGGAUUUUGUUGUGUUUGUGUUUCUCAAGGGAUCAGCCAUAGGUAUGUGUUGAUUGUAGUAUUAUCUACAGUGAAAUGUUUAUCUUGAGUGGAUUUUGUUGUGUUUCCUAAGGGUUCAGGUUUCUCCACAAAUCUCUCAGUCAUUAACCAAAUUGUAUAGAUCCUGUCCUGACUAAGGUCUAUCAGCAUAUUUCCCCAGUAGAUUAUAAUUUAUUAUCAGGUUAAACUGGCAAUUGGUAUAGUUUUUGAGUAUUUGAACUUGAGAUAGUUAAUACCAUGUAUUAUAGGUUGGCUAAAAUGUUUUUUUCCCUUGUACUUAGCAGGUAAAAAAGAAAUGAUCUGCAUUAUUUGAAAGUUGUUUUAAAUUAUAAUAUCAGCAGCUCAGGAAGUUCCAUAUUAAGGUAUAUAUAUGUAAUGAGGAUAACUAUCACGGGUUCGUGUAGAUUUACCAGGAAAGACCUACAAUUUGAGACAUAAAUAUUGUAAUGCAUUAACGCGAUCAUGUUGGUUAAAAGACUUUGUUAUGAGCUAGAAAUCCAUGGUUGUUGGCAAUUUUUUAGAGAUUGAUUUAUUGAAAACAUUUUACUCACUUAUUUAUUAAAAAGAAAUCCAAGAGUUGACAUAACUUUAGAAUAUUGCUUCAUAGAAAUGAUAAAAUUAUCCAAAUGUGUAGCAUUUGUUCAUGAGAGAAACAUUGGAGAGAAUGACAGAGCCAGUAAGAGAUACAGGAUUCUAAUCAACUGCGGGAGACACAAAGAACAAUAGUUUUCAAUAACAAUAUUUAUUGCCAUUGGGAGCUGCUCAGUAGAUCUCCACCAACCCCAUGUCUUACUUUAUUCGUCUGGGGUCUAGUGGGAUAUUGAUAAUGGUCUUUCAAGACUUAGGGUUAAUGCUAGGGUUAUUGCAAUGAUUAGGGUUGGUUAUGGCUAGAUCUAGGGCUGAUAUAAGAGUUAGUGUUAGGAUUAGGUUCCAGUUUAGUUAUUUUGUUAAGGCUAUAGUUAUGGUUGGAUUUAAAUCUAAAGUUAUGAUUAUGGCUAUGCUUUAGGUUAAGACUACGGUAGAGCUAUGAGUGGGUGUAGAUGAGCAGUUCUUUAAUACCAUCUAUAUCCUAAUACUGCGCUAAGACUAAUGAACCCUAGCACUAAUCCUAUUUCUAAUCCUAACACUAACCCUGCUUCUAACACUAACCCUGCUGCAAACACUAACCCUACAUAUUCAACUGUAAUGUUUUCAUAUCUAUAUCUUUGGACACAAUGGAUAUGAUCAUCACCUGAAUCCCCCAAAAUGAAUUUUCAUUUCUUGCUGUUCUUUGCAGUGUCAGUCACAUUUAGUACUGUUGAGUAAACAUAAAUGCAAAGAUAAUGGCCAUGAAGAAUGGCUACCAUUUCCCACUCGUAAUUACAUUGCCGCAAUACAUGACUGGUGUAAAGGAAUUGUUACAAAAUGCUUUGUUCUUUGUUCCGAAAUAGUAAUAAAUCUGUCAUGAAUUCAUGUAUUUGCCAUAGUAACAAUGUAACAGAAUGCUGCAUUGUCUUUUCUAAAUUUGUUUGUAAUUAAGAUAUUUACAUAAUUACAACUGUUACACAAAGGGGAGCCAAUCAGCAUCAUGGAAUCUUUCAUUAAAAACUUGGCAGGGAUUUUAUGAGUUGUUCUUCACAGAUGUGAAGUCAUUUUUGACACAUUUCCCAAAUGAAAACUCAUCGGUUCUGAUUUAAUAUAUAAUAAACAAGUAAUGUGUACUUAAAGCAAAUAUGUUUAUGAAAUAAUAAAUGUCCGUUGGAUACACACAUCAGCAAAAUAAUAAAACGCGGGUCCAUAGAAGGAUGACUAAUUCAGCAUGGAAGAAUUAUAGUCUUUAUUAUCCGAAUGUGGUUAUAUUUUAAUUUGUUAGUGAAUAAUGUUUAUUGACAAUGUUUUUUUCCUAUCCCAAAAAUAUAUUUUUAACUCCUUAACUGCAUAUGAUGACUGUGAUGUUCACAGUUGAAAUUAUGUUAGAUGUGGAAACAUCACAUUUAUUUCUUAAUUCUAUGAACACCACACAAUUUUUUUAUUUUUUAUUAUUUGUAUUUUGGCUGUUUUUGAUAUUUAGAUAUUUUUUGUAAACAAAAGUUAUUUACUAAAAAUGUAUGAUCUAUUGAAAAACAACAUAUACGGUAUUUUUUGAGAAUAACACAGAAAAAUAUUAGUCUAUAAAUGCAGUGAGUUAAAAAUCCUAAAUCUCGCUAUAGCACAUGGUUGUGAAGUAGCCUAGAAGGUGAAGAGUUAAAUAAAAUUGAGGUGGUUUUAUAAAAAUCGGAAAUUCAAACAGUGGUAAGUAUCACAGUAUUUGCCUGUGUUUUUAUUUGAUCUGUUUUUGCUAUUUUUUGAUAAAGCAAGACGCAGAGGCAAAUUCAUAUGUGCAAGAAUUACAAAAAGCAAGAACAAAGAAAAUAUAUAAAAUAAAAGUUCUAGACAGCAUGGUUUUCGUAUUAGUAGUAAUGCACCUUUAAUAUCAAAUUGAUGAUUAAUGGGUCAAGUCAGUAAACGCAGAGUUUAUUUUAUAUAACAACCAUUGCAGACUAAAUAGAAGACUUGAAAAUGUCAAACUCCGAUUUUCUUGUUAUGUUGCUCUAAAUUGUGCAUAGAGAUGAUCAACUCACACCGCAGCAAUCAAUAAAUCAUUUUUACAAAUUAAACAGGAAAUAUCAAAUAUUGGCAAAAAGUAGCUAAUAGUAAGAAAAUUAGUAGUCUUGGAGAAAUUGUUCCAGUGUUUAUCUAAAAUUUGUAAUUUUCUGUUAUUACUAUUAUUAUUAUUAUUGCCAUUUAUAUAGCGCCAACAGAUUCCGUAGCACUUUAACAAUUCAUGUUUUGGUAAAUAACAUUGACUGUUUUGUAGACAUAGUGGAAAUGUUUGUUUCACCUGAAUCCCUUCUGCCAAAAUAAAGCUGAAUUUUGUUAACAAAGAAAGAUUCUGGAAAACCAAUCAGUAGAACCAAAAGGGCUUGAAAAUGGUCAAAUCAGUGUACUGCAAAUGAUGGAUAUAUUUUACAGUACAAUGAUAGGCACAUAUUCCUGCCAUUUGGGUCACAGAUCAAGUGAGAAAACUGUAACCAAUAAAAAAUAAAGAAAAUUCACAUUAUUAGAUUAUAUAUAAUAUAUUUGUUAAUGCUCUCGUGUUUUUCCACUAUUAGCCAUUGAGUGACUGUUCCCUAGCCAUCAGUCAUCUUUUUUCCCAUCAGUCAUGUAUCUUUUUGGUUCCAAAUCACGAAUCAAAACAAAAAGGCCUGGCCAUUUCACUUAUUUCAUGAUUCAUUUACAAUACGGCUUCGGUUUGGGAAUUCAUCCGUAUGGCCCAAAUUCAGUCGAAUUGCUGUUUGCAAUGAAAUAUAUCUACAAGUCUACUGUUUUGGUAACAAGUCACCGCAGAUUGUGGAAUCUCUGAAGUUGCUCAGAGAAAUCCUGCAAAUGGAGACAUAAUAGACCAAAUUGUGUGGCCAAAACAGAAUCGCAGAAAACACAUAGAACCAUAAAAGUUUAUUAGUUUUCUCAUACUUGGGUAUCAAAAGAUUUUUAGCUCACCUAAACCACAACUGAGGGAAAUAAAGUGAGAUCUCACCCACAAGAAUAUUUCAGAAUUAACAUUAACGUUCCAACCCAAGCUGCUCAUUUGAACCAUCAGAGAGAUGCAGCUGGCAUGAGCUGAGGGCCAUAAAUGGAUAACUAAUCUCAUUUUCUUCUUCUUCUUUCUAUGUAGCUUUUACUAAAGCAUGGAGCUGAUGUAAAGUGGAGUGAUGAUGAUGGCAAUACAGCUUUGCACAUGGUUUGCUUUGGCGAGCCAGGGAAGCCCUCCAAGAUUGACUGUUUGCUGUUUUUGGUAAGAACUGUAAAUAAACAGGGUUUUAGGUCCUAGUUGUCACAUGCGCUACUAGAAUCCCAUGUAGUGUGUGCCAUAGAGUGGCCGGCCAUUCCCUCCACCUUACAUAUCCUGUAUAGAUAAUGAUAUUAACUAAUUUAACUUUAUAAAAAUAAAAGGAUUAUCUGUAAUAUUUACCAUUUGUCAAUUAUAUUAGCUUAACAUUCCAUGCUGCUUAGUAAUAGAGUAAGUAGUAUGGUGUAGGACUCAGCCCUGCUGUGAUAAAGUCAAUGAUGUAGCUUUAUGUAUACUAGAGCUGUACUGACAGUAGUGGGUGUUGUCGUUCAGUUUGCUGAACAAUUUAGGGGAAUUUAUGGGUAGGAUGGGUUGAAAAAUGAUGCCUUAGUUGUCUCUGAUUCAAGUUAAGUUUUAAAAACCCAGUGGGUCUGCGGUAUUCGAGAUAUUAAUGCUCUUAUCCUGGUUUAUAGUAAAGUCAGUAUGAUUUCUGUAUUUUUCACGUUUUGUAAAUCUGAAAUAUAGAUAAAUACAUAGAUUAGUAUGAAUAGAAUGACCAAUAAACAAAUUCAUUGUCUUGUUAGUUUGUUAGUUUGUUAGUUAGUUAGUUAGUUAACUUACUAUGUGCUGGUAAUUUAAGAAGCAAUUGCAGGAAGACAUGAUUAAAUCAGUCAACUUAUUUCAUGUUACAAUCAAAGCUGCUACGAAUAUAAAAAUCAAUAACAAAUCUUAAGGGAAAAUAAAAGUAAUCAUCUCAAAUUAUAUAAAGUUAUUAGUCUGAAAACAUAAUUUAUAUGUUUUUUCCUUCCGUAUAGAUUUAGUAUAUGAAAUAAAACUGACUUACAGUGAAAUAUUAAUAUUUCUUUAUUUGUAAUUUGUGAAUGUAUUUGCUGGUAUAUAAUGUUUUUACAGUGUUUAUCUAUAUGUGAUACGUAAUAAGCAAACAAAAUAUAUCAGUACAAUUUUCUAUCAAAACAUACUGUAAUACAAGAGUUGAAAAAUUGUGUCAUUAUAAUCACUGUGGUGAAAUAUAAAAUGACACACUGUUAGCACUGUUUCCUUAGCGUGUGGGAUACAAUGAUGUAGGGCAAACAUGUUGGAUUUGAGAGAUGCUGGCUUUAACUGCCUAAGAAUAACAUGUGUUAUUGUAUAUAAUAGUUUCAGCACAGGUGACAUCCAUAUCCAAUGUCUAGUCCCCUAUAUAAAGUCAAUGUAACCCUUAGAUCAAUGUUAAGCACAGAACAUGAAAAGACAACUGAAUUGUGACCAGUACUCACUUUCUAAUCUACUCCAGUCCAUAUAAGUGCUAGUGAUUGCUGGUAAAGUUUCUGAUCUCAGCCUUUAAUAUCAACAAAUCAGUGCUCCUCAGUGAAGUGUAUUCAGCCAACAAAUCAAGGUCCGGCAAUAUAUCACAUACAUGAAAAUGUAAUGCCACUGUGUUCUUAUGAUUGCAACUUGUUAUAGUUCAAGGGAGGGCUUGCAGCUUUUUGGUGGAGCACACGUUUAAACGAAUUACCUUUUUUUCUGAGUACAAAGCGCACAUGCCUGGUGUCACGAUUCUCACCGCGACAUCCCGACGGCCAGACGAGGUCGCCCCAGAAGUGCCCGGUGACGGACUUGAACCAGGGUACUUUGCAGUCCUGGGGCUGCUAUUUUGCCUCUGAGCCACCAUAUCAGCUCAAGAGAUAGCCAGAAGUCUAUCUUGCCUUGUACCCAGCACUGGGGGCUGGACGUUAUUCUGUGGCUGCUCCAACGAUCUCAGCACACCUGUGGCUGAUCACCAAUUAGCCAGGUAUAAGACACUGCCUCUCCCUGAGUGCAGUGUCAGUUCAUUGACUCUGGUUCCCUUGUUUGGUUCCUGUUACUCCGUACCUGCGUUCCAGUGAUUACUGUCUAAUUCCGGCUUCUGACCUUGGCUUUCCUCCUGGACUACUCUGACCUCUGGCUUCCCUGAUUCUGGCUUCCCUUGACCACGCUUCUGCUAAUCCCUGCUGUACUGAGACUUGGCGCACUUUUCCUGGAAAGCCCCCGUGCACAGACUCACAGGCCAGGUGGCGUCUUACCUGGUCACCCUGGUCUGUGUCUACUUUGCAAGGGUGAGCGUAUAACUCUGGGAGCCGGACUCCCCAUCAGGUAAGAUCCUGACACCUGGGUUUUGAGGGUUCUGCGGUAUCUUAGCUAUUCGUAGAACUGCACUCUUCUGGACAGUGAUCUCCGAUGUCCCACCUGGAAUCUGUUGAAGCCACUCCCCCAACUUGGGAGUCACAGCCCCGGGUGCUCCUAUCCCAACUGGGACUACUACUGCCUUCACUUUCCACAUCCUUUCAGUUCUUGGUAACUGUCCACCUUCUCAUGUUCCUUCUUCCUCAUGUUAUAGUCACUGGGUAUUGCCACAUCUACCACGACUGCAGUCUUUCGUUCCUUGUCUACCACCACGAUGUCUGGUUGGUUGGCCAGCACUUGCUUGUCUGUCUGGAUCUUGAAGUCCCACAGGAUCCAAGCCCUGUCAUUCUCAACUACCCUUUGUGGUAUCUCUCAUCUGGACUUAGGCAGAUCCAAUCCAUAUUCUGUGCAGAUGUUUCGGUACACAAUCCCAGCCACUUGGUUGUGUCUCUCCCUGUAUGCUGUUCCUGCAUCCGGCUACUAGGUGCUGGACUGUCUCAGAGGCCUCUUUGCACAGUCUCUGAGACAGUCCAGCACAUAGUAGAUGGAUGUAAGAUGUUAGCAGGAACAGCAUACACAGAGAGUCACAACCAAAUUGCUGGGAUUGUGUACCAAAACAUCUGCACAUGGAUUAUGAAUAUAUAAGACUUGCUUUUCCCACAGAAAUCCCAUAACUGUAUACAACAAACACAGAUUAAAGGGAAUCCAUGUUUAAAAUGGAAUGAGGCAAAAAUGUGAUUCUUUGUUAAACUAAUUUGCAUAUGCCCACCCAGAAUCCUUUGCGGUUGUAACAUUGCUGCAGUUAUGGGAUUUCUGUGGGAAAAGCAAGUCUUAUGGCUUGACUGGUGUGCAGAUUUUUGUUUAACAUUGUAUUAAUUAUCCACAGACUUCAGGUGAAAGGGGUUUUCAAUCACAAUUUUUCCCCACCAUAACCUUUUUGGAUUGUGAGAUAUCUAUCUCUCUAUCUCUCUAUCUCUCUAUCUCUCUAUCUCUCUAUCUGAAUUUGUGGGAGGGUUAUUUUCCUAUUUAAAUCCCCAGUAACCCCAGUUUACCUAUCAUCAUUGUCUGGAAGCUCUGGCCUGCUUGCCUCCCUCUCGUCAGCACAACCUCCGGGUGCUCAACAGCGCGCCUCUGGUCCCGUCAUUCCUUGCGGCUUCCCGCCAGCCUCCGUUCCCACAGACACUCGCAAACUCACAAACUAAAGAACACCAG